AAUUUUUAUGGUAUGGAAGCAUAAAACGGAGUUAAAAAUGUACAUCCUCCCUAGAAUAUUCAAUAUUUAUACAAAUCCACUCAAAAAUCUCCCUAAGAAAGAUAGUAUUAGGAAGUAUUCUUACUAAUGCACUAAAGAGAGUAGUGGAAAUUAAAAUUAGCCUAUAGCUUGAAUGAUGAGACCUAAAUAUAAAAACGUCUUUUGGUUACCCUAAAAAUGGAUAAAUAAUUUACAUUAUUUAAUAGUUUACCAACUAUCAACGAAGCCAACAUACCUCCUAUAGGAUUCAUUCCAAAUAUCAGGCCUAAAAUUGUAUUAGAGACAUUGAAUUCUUUUGCAUAAGCUGGAUAAAACGGAGCUAUAAGUGAGAAACCUAGACAACAAAACAAGUUGCCAGCAUUCAACAAUGCAAAUUCUAAUUCUGCUUUCAUGACAAUUGUUAAUAUUUAAUGGAAUAAAAAUAAAGUUCGUUUUAAUAAUUUUUAUAAAAUAAACAAUUAAUAAAUUUUCAAAGAAUUGAAAACAGUUUCACAAUUUAAAUUCUAUUUUUUUUUCAUUUUAAUAAAAAAAUUAUUGAAAUUCAUUUAAAAAAGAUACAAAUAUCUUAGAUAUCAAUGA